AUGAAAAGCACUUAUACAAAUAGUAUUAUUAAAAUAAUAUUAACAGUACUUAUUUUUACUCAAAGCACGGUCGUUGCUAAAGGAAAUUUAAUAGAGUUGGAUCUUAUAAAGCAAUAAGUAAAUGGAUAAUAGCUAUAUAAUCGAUUAUAAAGGGAAUUUAGUAAUCCAUAAAAGGUUAAAUAAGAAUAAGAUAAAAUCAUAAAGCAGAUAAACCAUAAACACUAUAAUGAUAAAUAAAAUGAACUAAAUUCAUUUUAAAAUUCUACAGAAAAUUAGAGUGCAGAUUAAACAUAAAUUCCAGAGCUGCUACUGAGAAAUAUUUAAAAUAAUUAAUAUAUUGUCAAUUUAUAUAUUGGAUCUCAAUCAGUUAAGUAACCAUUAUUGAUUGACACAGGUAGUCCAUAUACUCUAGUCGAUGGCGUUGACUGUGAGAAAUGUCAUAUUUAAAAUUCUAAAAACUCUCUUUUUGAUUGCAAUUAAUCACCUACUUGCAAAUUAACUGAUAAAUCUUCCUAUGAGCUUACAUUUGUACAAGGAAAAGCUCAAGGUUUGUAGGUUAAAGAUAGAGUUUGCUUAUAAAGUGGAUUAGCUCAGUGCACUUCUAAUGAGUUUACUUUCAUAGAUAUAUAUAAUAUUACUUAUUCAAUGGAAAAUAUUGAAGCAGAUGGAAUAUUAGGAUUGGGGAUGAUAAAAAAGAAUCCUAAUUUUUCUUUUGUUUAACAGCUGUUUGCAAGUGGACAAAUUUCUGAACCUUCAUUUUCUCUUUACAUUAACGAUAUUAGCUUCGAUAUGAGGUACUAGAAGGAUAUUUCUAAACUUAUUUUGGGAGGUGUUAACAUGAAAUAUGGAGUUGAAAAUUAGGUUAUGGUUUAUCACAGUAUUGCAAAUUCUGAUAGUUGGGCAUUAAACUUAGACACAGUGAAAUUCAAUGAUAAAAAUAUAAAAUAGAAGGAUUCUAAGAUAGCAAUAAUUGACUCUGGAUCAUCCAAUAUUGUUCUUCCAAGAGAGGACUAUAAUUAUUUAUUGAAGUAUUUAACAAACGAUCUUCAUUUCAUUUGUCAACCAUAAAACAAUAUAUACCUUUAAUGUUCAUGUCCAACUGGAGAGAUUGGAGUCUUUCCAGAGGUAAAGAUUAAGUUUGCAGGAGUUGAUUAAAUAUAUGUAUUAAGUCCAAAGGAUUACAUCAUACAAGAAAACCACCUUUGUAAUAUGCAAAUAAGCUACUACUCUUCAACUGAUGGUUCUUGGAUCUUAGGUGAUGUUUUUUUGAGAAAGUACAUGUCCUAUUUCAAUAUUUAAAAAGAAUAAAUUGGACUCAUUCUCUCCAACAAAAAAAGUCUUGAAAGUAGAGAAUUUCUUAAGGAUGUUAUGCUCAUUUUAGAGUGUAUCUUAGGCUCUCUUUUCUUGGGUAUCUUAGUCAUUUAUUUCAUCCGCAUGAUUAGUGGUUUAAAGAAUGCUAAGGAUGAAGAACUUAAUUUUGAUUGA